AAAAACGCAGUGUGGAGCCAAAACACACACACACACACACACACAGAGAGGGAGAGAGAGAGAGAGAGAGCUCUCCAGGUGCUGGAGUUGAACUCGGUGGAUACUGUAAGGCUGAGGUGGCUGAUUUCAGUGGAGCUGAGCUGAAUUUCUCCUUUGGACUUUAUUCCCUGUAUUUAAUCCGAUUUCACCACUGGAUUAUGAACAAAGUGCGUCGGAAAUCCAGCUGUGGGGAUUUUCCCAGUUAAAGAGUGAAGAGGAGGAGAAGGUUUCAGCAUUCAGCUUGUGACUGAAAUGGGAUUUUCUUGUGGACCAGGACUGAAUUUGCAUCAGGCUUAAAUCCCUGAGGGUUCUUAAAAAAAAUAAAAUAAAAAAAAAACCUGUCUAUAAAAUAAAUUAUUAUCUGUAUAUUUUUUUUCAAAAACCCAACCCCAAAAGCUUCCUCCAAGACUUGCCUGGCUGGGGGACGUCUUUCCUUUUUAACUUUUUUAAUUUAUUUAGUUUUGUGGAAAUGGUGGGGCAUCUACACCUGCAGGCCAUGGAGGAGAGUCUUAAGGGAAAGAGCCGUGAAGGGCUCCUCGACAGUCCCGACUCGGGGCUCCCACCGAGCCCGAGCCCACCUUUCUGUCUGCUCUCACCGUCAACCGCAGAGCCUCGUGCCCCCAUCACCGCCGACCACCAUGGAGGAACGUACUGGAGGAAGGAGGGCCGAGAAGGCAAGCUGCUUCCGUACCUGCUCCUAAACUCUCAGGGUGCAGAUGUCAAGUCACGCAUGCACCCUGUAGGGUUCGGAGAAAGCAUCGAGGUGAACCCCAGACCCACCACAGAGAUGAGGUUCAGCUCGGCGGUGAAGUACGACUCGCACCGGCACUACCGUGACGAGGUUUACUGUGCACGGGUUCCCACGGUAACCUCCUACAGCGAGACGGUGGUGGCGCUGAAGAACCACACGUGGCGCAGCUACAAAUCCGAGCUUCACUUCCUGCCACGACACCGGCCCAUUCACUACCAGAGCACGGCCAUCGUCUACCCCAAACACGCCCACAACACCUACCGCACCACGCUGCACUACAACGCCAACGCCGCUGGACGCCGCAGGUUCGUGUCCACAGUGAGGUUGGAGUCGAGUGAGGACGGAAGUCCUUGCAUUAUCUACACUGAGGAGCUGUGAGAAGACACGCCCACCACGCCUGUACAAACUCACCAUUACAAAGCUCAAACUCCUCUCGGGUGGAGAACUGAACGACUUGUGGAACACGAUGAUUACGGACUUCCUCGAAAAGCAGGAAAGGACAUGAGAUUUUGUCUGUGGUGUAGUUGGUACUGCAGUAUAUAUUAAAGCGAGUAACAGAAUCUGUACGCAGAACAGUUUCAAUACGGUAGCGAUUCAUCUUUAUUUUGCAAUCGGGAGGUGGGUUAAACCUAUCGUCUAUUCUUUUGUCUGUUUACUUGUUUGUGCCAUUACAGUCCACUAUAAAGAAUAUGAUUCAGUAAAUCAAUGCUGUAAAACAAACAAAAAACUGUAGGGCAUGGUACAAAAUACAAGGGAAAAAUAUACAUCAUGCCAGGAAUAGUACAACUUCCUACAAGUUGUAUAAAUGCUCGAUUGCACUUUUGCUAAGAUUUUUUUUCUUUCUUUCUUCGUUUGGCUACAGUGAUUUUGGUCGAGCUGAGGGCAGCGUAGGAGCACUUGACAGAUUGGACCAAUGUUUUUAUCCAGAUCAGAGAUGUUGGAGUUUGUAGCACACCGGGUUUUUGAAACGGUCCGAGAACACGACCUUGAAGCAAAGCGCCUUUUCUCUCACCGCUCUGGACCUGAACUUCAAAGAAUAUAAUCUGCUCAAGUCGAACGAAAGACAGCAGACGUGUCGAGACGGGAGCUCAAGUCCGCAAAUAAUCAGGAAGCUCAGUCCAGGCAAGUUUUGUUUCCAAAUCAUUAACACUCCAUCCGGCUAAUUUGAGAGAAGGAAAGGAUUUACCUCAGGACCGAGAGAGCCGUGGUGCUGCGUUUUCCUGACUAUAAACACACUUUAUAUUUUUUAAAAAAAUCUCCCUAAUCUUACAAGUGAUAAGUGACGUCAUGUCACCACAAGUUUCUACUACAGAGGAGCCGACAUGCAUAGUUUAGCAGUCACAUUAAUUCUUGAAUUUUUUGCUAAAAUCAGACCAAACGCAAAUAAACUACACCCAGCAGAGCAUGCGAUUCACCGAAGGGGAAAGGACACGGGACAUUCGCUUCUUGUACCACUUACUUUCCAUUGGUUAUCUACGUGAUCUGUGAAUUCCUGAGCCUUGGUCUGGGGAGCCUAUAGAAACAGACUGGGCGGAGCUAUGGUAUCUUGUCAGAAAACAGUUUUACCCCUUCUCCACCAAGGCACUUCCAGGGCUGGUUCAGAGCCUCAUCUCGAACCAGUUCUUUAUGUUUCAAAAUUAUUCUUUUUUUUUUUUCCACCUUUAUUGGAUAGGACAGUGUAGAGACAGGAAAUGAGCGGGAGAGAGACAGGGAGGGAUCGGGAAAUGACCUUGGGUCGGAACCGAACCCGGGUCCCUGGAUUUAUGGUAUGGCGCCUUAUCCACCUGAGCCACGACGCCCCCGUUCUUUAUGUUUCGACAGCCAAAGAACCAGCUCUCAGGCAGGAAAACUGGUUCCAGGGUGGCACUAACACCAUCCUUUUCAGCCAGCAGGGGACGGGUUCCGUUCUUGUUCACGCACCAAAUUUUGAACCGUUCAGGGCUGGGUUUCCCAAAAACAUCGUAGCACAAAGAUCAUCAUUAAAUGUUAGAGCGAGCAUCACAAUGAACACUCUCUCUCCUAGUUAAGAUGCUUUAAGCGUUAAGAGGCUUUUGGGAAACCCACCCCAGAGCAUUUCAACCAAGAAUAAACUGCUUCGGAAGCUGAAAAGUCGGUUCCCAGCUGGAACUAAAAUAUAGCUGGUUUUUCCAACGCUGAACCACGAUGACAUCAGUGGGCGUGUCAUUAGUUUGGAGAGGAAUCGGAGCACAGCAAUGGAAAAAUACAUCUUCAGAAAAGAAUGGACUGAAAACAAAUAUCUGCAGUAACAGAAUAAAAGCUCAGAGGGCAUCAAUCUUGCACGCCACCAUCUUGCGACUGCUGUUUACUCUGGUUGUGAAUUGUGCAACAUCCUCCGCGACUCAUAACGCAUCCUUGAUUACAAAACUGGUGAAAACGUGGACUGGCUCACCAUCUGGCACCAAGGUACAAAGAAUCCUGAACGGAACCAGGUCAAGAACCCAUUCCCUGUUGGUCAAAAAGGGGUACAUCUGGUCUAGAACCAAGAACCGCUUACAGAAGGGCCGAGGGCAGGAUUAUUGUGACCAAUUAAAAACGUGACCUCUAUUUUUAAAAAACAGAGCUGGUGUGACGUCCAAAGAUUGUUUGGAUUGUUGAUGUGCUUGGUGUUAGCAGUUCUCAGAAGGCUCGCGAGCUCAAAACCGGCACCAGCACCAACCCAGAACCAUCACCUGGUCCGUAUUGGGGGAAAGAGAAUAUCAGAGGAGGUGCUUAUUUGUUCACACCAGAUUUUCAGACAUGUCGGGGGGGAAAAAACAAGCCCUCUCGUCUACUCAGACUUCUGAGGCAAAAAUCUUGUAUUGGAUUUUAUGUCUACCUUCUAGAAUAUUCGUCAGCAUUCUUUGCACCGCUGAUUGUGGGCGUGGCCUCGUGUUUUGUUUUAAUUUGAAAUACUAACAGCCAGUAUUUAUACAGACUAAAAUAUAAAAAGUUACUCAAACGCAGACAGGAAGCAAGUUUGUGAGGGCAGAGAAAAGGGCGACAUCGAACAUCUUUCGGUAAUUUAUUGGAGCCAGGCCGUAAAAUUAUACAACAUAAUUAUACAACAUUGUAGCCAGUUAUAAUUCGAGGUAGAUUUUGGAGCGAAAUGUGUUUUAUACUCAGGAAAAAACACACCACGUGCGUGACAACGUUCUUUGACGCAAGCUGGAGGAUGGUGAGAGAUUCGGCUGCUACGCUGCUUCACUUCUCAGAGAACGAUCGCACAUUCGGGCACGUCAGGAGGAAGGAUGUUGCGCCGGUUUGUGUUCGUCUUACGAAGAUCUUGAUAAUAUUAAUCACAAAAUUUUGGUAAAUAUAUUGAAAACGUAGGUUACGGUUUCUUACAGCACACCAAAUCUACUCUAUGAUGAUGACGACGACUUUCGUGGCUCGUUGCCUGCGAAACGUAUAUUUAGCAUCCAAAACGGUGUGUGUGAAGGACGUCGUGGUUACUGAACAUGAAAGUAAAGCACUGAUGGAUUUUUGGUACCAUGUGACACAUGAAUUCGUGCGAUGUGAUGAUUUCAUACGGUAAAGGAAGACCAGAUAAAGAAAGUUGUUGAGCUGCUGGAACGAAAACUGGAGCGAUGGACAAAGUAAAGUUGGUAUGAAAGGAAUUUGGAGGAGUUCAAGUUUCAGGACGUUGAACGAUGUUUCUGUAAAAGUGGACGAAAGCCUGGGAUCGUGGAUGUAAAAUGCUCUCAGAUCAUGGAUAAUCUUUUGAUUCUUUUUUUUUUUCCUGUAAAAUACUUCCUGAUGAUGUAUAUGUUGCAUAUGGCACUUAAUGAUUCUCUUUCUAUUUUUGUAUUCCCAACUUUAAAUCUUUGUUUUGUUCCAUUUUGGGCAAGAGGAUUAAAAAAAUAAUAAUUUAAAGACACAGUAUAUUUCUGAAAUGAACAAAUAAAAUCCCAAUUCUUUAA